AUGGAAAACAUUUAUGAAAGUCAAGAGAAGCCUAUGCCUAAAAUUUUAAAGGAAAAACUCUUAAUUGCCUUCUGCAAUGUCUCACAGGAAGUCCAAGCUGAGGCCAAUGUGAACAUGUCCAAACCAUGUGGCGUAUGUGAAGCUUGCCUAUUAUGUUUUUUAAUAUUUCACAGAAUAGAAAACAAACUGCAGACCUUAGAGAAUAAAUUCAAAGAGCUGGAUUCAACCCUAGAGCAACUGACACAGAAGUUUGAGAUUCAGGGCACGUCCUUGGAGGAGCAAGUGAGCCAGGAUGAAAUGUGGACAUCGCUGCUGGAGGACAGGUUCACUUCAGUGGAAAUAAAACUCUUCUACAGCUAUGUUAGUGAAACAAUUUGCUGCUUGCACAAUCAGGUGACACAGAAGCUGCCAGAUCUAGCAAGAAGUCUUCCUACCUUAGCCUCUAUACUGAGGCGCAAAAGCAAGAACCAGAGAAUUAGACUGGUAUGGGAGUCAGUGCUGGAGAGUCUGGGGCUGCAAGAAGGACAUGUCAGAGCCCUCUGUACUUUUUUCAUCACACACAGCUAUGAAGCACAGUACUACCCUGUCUACUCAGCUAACCAGAGACAAAAGUAUACCGGUGAUAUCAUCACCAUGAUAACCAAGGUGGUGAAGAACCAGAUGCUGCAAGAGAGCCUGCUAUGUGCUGUUCAGGUAGUAGAGAAUGGGAAAGCAGAAAAAAAAGGCAAGCAAGGCAGUAUCCUUUGUCCAAAAGUAGUGUCACAAACUUAG